AUGUCACUUCAACAAAUCAACUCGAUUGACCCCGCAGAGAUCUAUGACUACAUAAUCUGUGGUGGUGGUACGUCUGGUUGCGUGAUAGCAGGCCGCCUUGCCGAAGACCCCAACGUAAAAGUCCUUGUAUUGGAAGCAGGACCGGACAGUUCAGAUCUAGAGAAUGUUCACAUGGCGGGAGGAUGGAGCAACAAUUUCGACAGCGAGACGGAUUGGAACAUUGUUACGGAACCCAUGGAAAAUAUUGACAAUCGUCAAGUCAAAGUUAGCAGAGGCCGGUUUCUUGGCGGUUCGAGUGGUGUUAAUGGUACUUUGUGUAUCCGCGGGACGAAACAGGAUUACGACGACUGGGGUUUGGACGAGUGGAGUGGUGAUAAGAUGUUCGAGUAUAUGAAGAAGGCGGAAACAUUCCAUGGAAAGCAUUGGCACAAAGCUGAUCUUUCAGUCCAUGGGACAUCGGGUCCUCUUCACACCGAGCCACACGACCUAGCACCUAUUUCAGAACUCGUGCGAGAAAGCCUGGUAGAAAAGGGACUCCCAUAUCGUCCCGACAUGUUUUCCACUGGAGAAACAGCGCAUGGAUGUGGUGAUGUUCCGCGAACAGUGCACCAAGGUAUUCGAACAAUGGCCGCAGAUUUCAUUACCAAGGAUCGAAAACGAGACAACAUUACGAUCAAGACUGAGGUGACUGUCGACAAGGUCAUUCUGAGUCAAGACAGCGAUGAACUUACUGCAACGGGCGUUGCCGCUAUUUCGAAAACUGGCCAAACAAUUGAAUACAAAGCGAGAAAAGAAGUCAUAAUCACAGCAGGUGCAUACUGCAGUCCAACGAUCCUUAUGCGUUCAGGGAUUGGACCAAAAGACGAACUAGAAAAACACAAGAUUGACUGCCUCGUCAAUCUCUCUGGUGUCGGCAAGAACCUCAUGGACCACGUCCUCUGCUUUAUCUUCUACGAAGUCUCCUCCCCAAAUCUAACAAACGACCACCUCGCCCACCACGGCAACGCCAUAGAAACCACCUACAAACUUUGGCAAGACAAGAAAACCGGCGUCCUCUCCACCUUCCCCUUCGGCAUCUUCAGCUGGGCCCGCCUCGACUCGCGCCUCGCCUCCUCCCCCCUCUGGACCAGCGCCCCCCGCCUACCGGGCCGAGACCCCAUGGGCCUACUACCCAAUCAACCCAACGUCGAGUUCUGGAACACAGAAAUGUACGGGGGCCCCAAACAAUACACUGACUUUCCUGUAGACAACAAGCACGCAUUUGCCAUGUGCGCGUUGCUAUUUAACCAGCAUAGCAGGGGCAGUGUGAGGCUCAGGUCGAAAGAUGCACGGGAGAACCCGGUGGUGGAUCACGGGUACCUGGAGCAUCCGCUUGAUAUGCUUGUUAUGAGCGAGGCGUGCCGGUUUGCGAAUGAGGUUGUGAUGGAGGGGGUUGCGACGAAGGGUGUGGUUAAGGGGAGUUGGCCGCCGGGGUUGAGGCAUCAUGAGUACACCAAGAGGGAGGAGUGGGAGGGAUAUGUUAGGGAGCAUGCUACGACUUGUUACCAUGCUUCGGGCACUUGCGCGAUGGGUAAAUCAGAUGAUGCGAAUGCUGUUCUUGACUCGCGGCUUCGUGUACGUGGCGUUCGUAACCUGCGUGUUGCGGAUGUUUCGUCAAUACCCAAGGUCAAUAAUGGACAUACACAGAUGGUGGCGUAUGGUAUUGGAGAAGGGGCUACAGAAAUGAUUAAAGAGGAUGCAAGAAAUGGGGAGUACAUGGCAAGCCGAGCAAUGAUGCCACGCCUUUAA